AUGUCUCUCACCCGCCGUAUCCUCACCACAAGCCAUCUCCCAGGCCUUCGCAUAACGUCAUCGGUACGCUGCCAGUGGGGUCAAAAAUCACGAGACAUUCGACACUUUCAAAGUUAUCAGCGACUUUUCGAAGCACCCCAAAACGCAUAUAGAGAUGACAAAAGUGAUAGGAAAGUACCGAAGAUUGUGAGGGGUACGAGUAAGGUUUUUAAGAGUGCUGAUGAGGCGGUUGCGGAUAUUAAGAGUGGAUCGACGAUUUUGAGUGCCGGGUUUGGCUUGUGUGGUACUGCUGAAACGAUUAUUGAGGCAUUAGAGAGGAGAGGAGUAGAAAAUCUUCAUUCUUUAACAGCGGUUUCGAAUAAUGCUGGAGCAUCUAUACCGGGAGGUUUAGCUGCAUUGACGCAAUCUGGACAGGUGAAUCGAUUAAUUCUGAGUUUUAUUGGAAGUAAUAAAGCUCUAGAGAAGAAAUAUCUAGAGGGAAAAAUCGCUAUUGAAUUAUGUCCGCAAGGAACUAUCGCUGAGAGAUUAAGGGCUGGUGGGGCUGGAAUUCCAGCUUUUUAUACUCCUACUGGUACAGGUGGUAUUCCCACUAGAUUGGGUCCCCCAGCCGACGGAUCAAAAGAAAACACUGUUUUAGAAAAAGGACAAGUUCGAGAAACUAGAGAAUUCGACGGCAAGACUUAUUCCAUGGAAAAAGCCAUCAAAGGAGAUGUUGCAAUUCUACGAGCAUGGAAAGUCGACGAAGCUGGAAAUUGUCAAUUCAGAACAUUCGGACCCAUCAUGGCUAAAGCUGCAAAAGUGGCUAUUGUUGAGGCUGAAAAUAUUGUUCCGGUCGGCUCGAUUGAUCCAGCUGAUGUCCAUCUCCCAGGGAUUUAUAUUGAUCGUAUUGUUCCGGCGACUGUGGCUAAGAAAUUAGAAUUGAAGAAAACUCGUGCACCUGAUGGUCAGAAGGGAGAUGCGUCAAGUCAAUCGGAUGCAAAUGUUAGGAGAGAUAGAAUUGCCAGGAGAACGGCGAAGGAAUUGAAGAAUGGUUAUUAUGUCAAUCUUGGUGUUGGUCUACCAACUCUCGCGCCUUCAUUCUUGUCUCCUGAGACUAAGGUUUGGAUUCAAUCUGAGAAUGGAAUCUUGGGUAUGGGUGCAUACCCCACUGAAGAAGAAGUUGAUCCCGAUAUCAUCAACGCCGGCAAAGAAACCGUAACUCUCAUUCCAGGAGCCUCCACCUUCGACAGCGCCGAAUCCUUCGCCAUGAUCCGCGGUGGUCACAUCGACGUAUCUGUCCUCGGAGCAUUACAAGUAGGCGCCAAUGGCGAUCUAGCCAAUUACAUGAUCCCCGGAAAAGUCUUUAAAGGAAUGGGCGGAGCAAUGGAUCUCGUUUCCAAUCCUGACGAAACGAAAAUCGUCGUGGCUACGGAACAUGUUGCUAAAGAUGGAAGUUCAAAGAUUGUUCAGGAUUGUAGUUUACCGUUGACGGGGGCGAAGGUUGUUAGUACUAUUAUUACUGAUUUGUGUGUAUUUGAAGUCGAUAGAGUGAAUGGUGGUCUUACGUUAACUGAAUUGGCGCCGGGUGUGGAGAUUGAGGAGGUUAGACAGAAAACUGAUGCUAAGUUUGAGGUUGCGGCGGAUGUGAAGAUUAUGGAGUAA